GCAAGUGUCGGACCAAUCAGAAUUAAAAGAAAUGGCUGCGUGGGAAUGCUCGUAUCUAGCCAAUCAGGAAUGUGGCACUGUGUGAGAGGCGUGGUUUAACGCCCAGUCACUCGGCUGGUAAUGUGUGUGCCUCAGAAUUCGUGUGGAGCUGGUGUUGGGGGAUGCGAAGUGUCACUCACGCCCUGCAGAUAGCCUUCACCGGAGCGCUUCAUAGAGGUGCUGGCCUGCUUCAGAGCUGCGAAUAUAUUGAAUGAAAGCUUGUGGCUUUUCAGGUAACAUCCAGUUAAAUAAAUCGUCCAAGACUUCUUACUGGAUCUAAUUUUCUUUUGUUUUCAUCAAAGUGAAAAAUGGGCAAUGGUCUUUCCGAACAGACUCCUAUCCUGUCUGGCUUACCUACCUUUCAAUCUUUCCAUAUAGUUAUCCUUGGUUUGGACUGUGCUGGAAAGACAACAGUGCUAUACAGAUUACAAUUUAAUGAAUUUGUUAACACUGUUCCUACAAAAGGAUUUAAUGCUGAGAAAAUAAAAGUGCCUCUUGGUAAUGCUAAAACAGUGACUUUCCACUUUUGGGAUGUUGGUGGUCAGGAAAAGCUAAGGCCUCUUUGGAAAUCCUACACAAGGUGCACAGAUGGGAUUGUAUUUGUCGUGGACUCAGUAGAUACUGAAAGAAUGGAGGAAGCAAAAACGGAAUUAUAUAAAAUUACCAAAACCUCUGAGAACCAAGGUGUCCCUGUUCUUAUAGUUGCUAAUAAGCAGGAUCUCAGGAACUCUUUAUCGCUACCUGAAAUUGAGAAGCUUUUGGCACUGAAGGAACUGAGUUCCUCAACGCCAUGGCAUUUACAGCCUACUUGUGCAAUUAUAGGUGAUGGACUGAGGGAGGGAAUAGAGAAACUAUAUGAAAUGAUCAUUAAACGCAGAAAAAUGCUCAAACAACAGAAAAAGAAAAGAUGAACUUAAUUUUCAUGUUAUAGCAUUAAAAUAAAAUGUAGUUCUGGCGUCAAUUUGCCGUAAACAGGUCUGUAUCAGAUGCCCUGGCAGCCUGGUGUAAUGCUGUUUUAAGUUAUGACAUCUUCAUUUUCAGCACGCAGGCUUUCUCUUGAACGUUCUGCCAGUCUUAACACCAUCAGUGUUUCAAGUUUUCAUAAACAUCAGGAAUAACUAAAUUUUGUAUGUCGGUGGCUGAAAUAAUCUAGUCAUUUACAAUGAUGAACACACUUGGAAUGUUUGCAGGGUGUUGAAUUAUCAUAGUGAGACUUUUAAAGAAUAAGUUUAGUAUACGAAGUGAUACAAAUUUUAUGAGAGAGGAUGUAUGGAUAAAAUCCCAUUUAAUGAAAAUCUAAUGCAUACUUGCAAAGAAAACCAUCUAAUAACGUAAAUAUAAAAUUAAGCUUGUAUGGGACUAAUCCUUUAGACUAAGACUAAUUUUACAACAUUAGUCUUUGCAAAACUUGUUUAUACAUGCAAUGCAUGGGGGUUCAGUCAUAUUUGUUUUUUAUGUGGAUAAUUUGAUCACUUCAAAUAAAAUGCUAUGCAUUUUAUAAAGUAUUAUCUUGAAUUUAGUUCGUAAAAGGACAUUGAAGCGAUAAAAUAACUUUGAUUUGUCACUUAGGGCCAGUAUAUAUAGUUGGGUUUGGAUAAUGAUUAUAUACAUUUGCAUAUCUGUAUUUUUUUAUAAAGUUAACUGAUUUACUAGCCACUUGUUGAUUGUGUUUUCUUUGUGAUUGUACUGUUGCUAAUCAUUCACCCUCAUUCCUAUGGGCAACCUCAAGGGUAAAUUAGGCAGUUCAUAGUUGCCAGAAUUAUAUAGCCAAUCAGAGGCUGUACUGUUUCAGACUUCAAGGGACAGUACUUUACUACCCAUUCCCAACUUUGUACAACCAAUAUUGUUAUUAUAAUAAACUUUAUAACAUUCAAACCUCUAAAUUUCUUCCGGUUUCUAAGCCUCUCAAUCACGUGUGUUGUGGUUUUUUUUUUUUUUUUUUUUGCUUUUCACAACAGACGACUGCUAGUUCGUGUGGGUCAUAUAGAUAACAUUGUGCUCACGCUCGUGGGUUCUGCACAACACAGCUAAAAUGCAAGUCAAUAGAUAAUAGUCAUGUGAUCAGGGGGCUGUCAAGAGGCUUAGAUACAAGGUAAUCACAGAGGUUAAAAGUAUAUUAAUAUAACCAUACUGGCUGUGCCAAACUGGGGAAUGGGUAAUAAAGGGAUUAUCUAUAUUAUUUUUUUUUUUUUUCAAUAAAAAUGUUUGAGUUGACUGUCCCUUUCAUUUAUAUAAAAAAAAAAAAAAAAUCUUAGUUUUAUUUUUUUUCCCUUUCCCCAUACCUGCAUCAAUUCAGGUACAUUUAUGUCCUGCAAAAAUUAAACGUCUACAUAUGCUGCACUUUUAGGUGAUGUAUUAAAGUUAAUGUAUUACUUCCAUGCCCCAUUUAAAUGCUUUGAAUUUGAGCAACAGUAUUCAGUUUGGUUUCCAAAAUACUCAACAUUCACAUUAGCAUCAGUCUUUGAGUAAUAUUUGUUUCAAGAAGCCUUUUGUGAAAGUACAAUUUGCAGUUUUACCUUUUCUAAUUUUGUGUCCACGUACUAUGUAAAGUAAACAUGCACAUUCCAUACCACAUUCUAAACACAUGUAAGGAGGUCAAGGUAUACUUUUAAUGAGGCGUAUGCUUUGUCACUUUAUUUUACACCUUCACUGUAUAGUGAAACAUUCCUUAGAUUGGGCCUAGUGUGAGUCCAAUGAAUUAGAACUGUUAAGCAACUUCGCUCAAUAUUUCACUUAUACUGGACAUACUAACAUAUAUUCUAAGGAUAUAUGUUAGUAUGUCCAGUAUAAGUGAAAUAUUCCUACCUCCAACAGUAUUUUGGUACACUGUAAACACUAGAUCACUGUAUGAACCCAUGUUUUAUGUGCAUCUGACUUGGAUGUCUUACUAAAUGAGACAACUUUUUGUAGCAUGCAAGAGAUUAUUUUUUUUUUAUGAUAAUUUUAAGUCGGCUCAUGUGGUUGCAGUCUGUAGAGAUAAAACUGGAAAUACAAACGUCCAAAAAUAAUUGUCUUGACUACUAUCAUAACAGGGUAGUUCUACAAUCUACUUUUCUUGUUUACACAUCCAUGUUGUGUGUCCCAGCUGUCCAUGUUUUUUUUUUUUGUUUUUUUUAAAUAUAUCAAAUUGCACUUUAGUAUUUCUCUAGAUGAAUGAUUUGUCAGCUGGUAAACACUGUGCAUUUCUGGAUUGAUAUUGGUUCUGGUGGAGCUCUAUGUACCUGAUAUGGUGACAUGACUCACUGAUUUUGUAAUGUCUAUAUUUAUAGAAAUGUGGAUAUUGUCUUUGUUUUCAAUAAACAAGUCUAAACAUA